AUGGAGCUUGACGAGGAGACGUUCUUGAACGAGCUCAUGUCGCUGAGGCGGGAGGCGGCGGCGUCCGCGCCGUGGCAACAAGCUGCUGCCUGUAGUGCCUACCCGGGCGGCGGCGGCGCCAUGAUGAUGAGCGACCUCCUCUUCUUCGGCGGGACGACGGAGGGCGCCGCCGCCGACUCCACCAGCAUGUACCUCUCGCCGUUCCACCAGGAGCCGCUGCAGGCGCCCAUGCCGCCCGUGGCGGCCCCCCACCCGCACGAGAGUAAAACUUCGACUGCCUGA